GUGCAAACGGAAGAGAAGGAACACGGCACUAUAGAGAUUGCAAAACACGUAAUAUAUAUUUCAAGGAGUGAGAAGUAUUGUGCAGAUCAGGCAUCCAAGGUAAGUUUGGCUUCUUUUAUUUAUGUUGAUUGAAUAUUAAAUUGAUGUUAACACCAUUCAUAUAUUAUGCUAUAUAAAUAAAAAAAUAUUUUAUUUUUCUUAUUCGCUCUUACAAUUCAGAAGUGGGAUCUGAGCUUCUCAGGUCCGUAUAUAAUGUAUUUUUGUAUAUUUACAUGUUCGUUUUUUUUUUAGAAUUUUGUGUUUAUUUUGUUAACCUCUUUUAACAUAUUUGACAAUUCAGUGUUAUUUGUAGAUAAAUAUUAUUUGAAUAAACAAGUAUUAUUAUUAAUAACACUACAGUUAUUAGUGAUGUAUUUCUUUUAUUUAGGCGACGGAGAUAUAGCUCAACAAGCUACAACUGCAACAUGAUGGCAGAAAAAUCAAAGAAAAGGCGUAUACAUUCGGUUAGAAAAGAGUUCGAACAAGAGGAUAUUGACGAGAAUGUCAGAGAACAAAAUGAUUUAGAAAAAUCUCCAGGUUUGUCACGAGACCGAAGAGAUUUAACACCAUCUGGUAGCCAAUCUAUCGAUCGUUUGACUGAUAUGAUGGCACUAUUCUUGGAAGCACAAGUACGGGGACAGCAAGAAGCGAUUACUCGCCCAACAAUAGUUGCAAAAGGAGAAACGGUACCAAUUUUUGACCCAGAUGAAAAAAAUCAGACUAUUGAGCAAUGGUGCGUUAAAAUUGAUGAGCUUCGCGAAAUGUUUCAUUGGUCAGAAGAUUUAACUAUUUACUUUGCGAUUUCUAAACUGAAGGGUUUAGCUACAAUAUGGUAUCAAGGACUCAGCUCUGUAAAAUAUUCUUGGGAGGAAUGGAAAAUAAAGCUGCAACGAGCUUUUCCUUCUCAAAGAGACUACAAUGAGAUGCUGUGGGCCAUGAUGACCCGGAAGAAAAAAACAGAUGAGUCCUACGGACAGUACUUUUAUGAAAAGCAGGCUUUGCUCAAUGGUUGCAAAAUACAGGGACGUGAUGCUGUUUCGUGCAUUAUUGGUGGAAUAAGUGAAAGUCACAUCAAAGCUGCAGCUAGAGCUGGCGAUUAUGACAAUCCUGAAAGUUUGUUUUGUUAUCUUCGUUCACUUAAUGAACGUGACUUUAUCACGCCCAAAACACAUUGUCAUGGUGGUGCACUAGUGCGCAAAAACCGUGAAAUUCUGAACGAGAUUCGUUGUUACAAGUGUGGCAAACGAGGACAUAAAACAACACAGUGUCGAGCCGCUAAUGAAGCUAUAAAAAAAUGUACUUACUGUCAAAAGUUUGGACAUAAAGAGUUCUAUUGUUUUAAAAAGAAGCAAGAGCAUCCAGAUAAAGGAGGACCAUCAACAACUCAAACCGUGGCAUGACUAGAAACUUCAUUGUUACCUGUCACCAGUCAAAAAUAUCACAAAUUAGUAAAAGUUAAUGGCCAAACAACGAAAGCGUAUAUAGACUUAGGAAGUACAUGUAACACCAUUCA